CGCAAUAACGCUACAUACGCGUCAAACUUUUAUUAGGUCAGCGUUAAAAUCGGACCGUCUAAUUUUUUUUCUUCCGCCUCCUGUAAUCUCAUCCGUUAAUUUUCCCUAUAAGUUAGGGUUCAUCCUUCUCCUUCUUCUUGCAUUAUCAAUUCCUUCUCUUUCUCUCUCUUCUUAUGAAGACAAGCGGCGCGAGAUCCUUCAUAUCUUUUGUCAUGAACAAUCAAUUCUCUGGUAAUUUUUUUUUGUAUAGAUCCAGGUUUGAUCUGUUAUUUGGUAUGAUCAAAGUUAGGUGGGAUUGACUCGUGCUUUCAUCAAAUCGGAUUAUCGUUCAUUGGCUUUUGUUAUAAUCCCAUCCAUGUAGAUCCAGUUGAGGAAGCUAUUCAAUCGAUUGAUUAUGGGACGGCUGCACGAUUUCGUCAUGAUCUAUGUAAGAUGAUUUGAAGUCCUUGAAGCUGACUUGAAGGAUAACUGUUGGGAAGUUUUGGAAGAUGUAAAAAAGAAUUCUGGAUAACUAUUAGAUAGGAUCUUUUGUGUUCUUCCUCGGACCUUUGCCAUGUCAGGUGCGCUUGCUUGGCAGGUCCAUAAAUUUAAUAAAAGGUGCCCUUUUUUGGUGUGGAGGGGAGAUUGCACGGGGAUUGCCCGGAUUCUCUGCCUUCACUUUGUUGUGUGUGUGUGAUUGUGUCUCUUUCUCUUCCCUAUCUUUGUUACUGCUCUUCCAAAUCUUCACUAGCACCAACGGCACAUGUCUUCUCACUAGCAUCUUGAAAGAGCUGCUGUUGAUGGAUGAAGAAAAUGAAGAUAUGGAACUGCUUCAUCACUCAAACACCACCCCAAUGGAAGGAGUAGUAUUCUCUAAUGCUUCAACAUGGUUUGUUGUUAUCUUCAUUCUUCUGUAAUAUAUACAUACACAUAUAUCAAAAUUAAAUCAUAUAUUGAACAUAAUUAAUUUAAAAAAAUACUUAUACCAUAUCUUUUAAACAAUAAAAAUUGUGUUUAAAUUACACAAACUAUUUUUAUUGCAGCCCUCAAAAGUUUUAUAGUAUUGAAAAGAUGAUUCAGUAAUUUAUUUCAUGAAUCAAAUUGGCUUAUGAUAAUAGAUCCGUAAGCUCUAAAUGGUAAGAGCACUCAGAUUGCAUCUGAGAGGUUUUGGUGGUUCGAAUCCACCCGGAUUUUCAAAUAUAAUGUUAUUUCUUUGAGGCCCAAUAAUAUAAGAGGAAGUACAUUCUAGCCCAGCCCAUUUCAUUUACGUAUUUCGAGCCCUACUUGUAUGAUGUCUUGGAAAACCCGAAUGGCAAACCGGGUGCAGAAACUGCAAUGGACAACAAUCCAGAAGAAGAUGAAGUCGCUUCUCUCUCAGCUCUCUUUCCUUCUACUUCUUCAGACGAAGACGACGAUGGUGAGAUCGUUAUAUCCGCUCAGCAAUUUCCCUCCGUUCAACUACAUGAUGAACCAGUUGAACAGCUCGACAUUUAUCCUCUCUCUUCGAUCGAUGCAACGGUCGUGAUCCGGCAGCUCAGAUCCUUAGGUAUCUCCUUCCAGCUAUGGCCAGCAGCCACCUCCUUCGUCAAUCUCCUCAAUCAACACCAUUCUAAUCCAACCACCAGUCCUCUAGCAUCCUCCGUCGAAAUCAGCAGCGGACGUCAACUGCGCAUUCUCGAGCUCGGUUCCGGCACCGGACUUGCCGGAAUAGCCAUGGCGGCCGUUUUAAAAGCUGAUGUCACGGUCACGGAACUUCCACACGUGAUUGAGAACCUCCAGUAUAAUGUCGAGGCUAAUUCUGAAAUGGUAACCAAACAUGGCGGAAGUAUAGUGGCGGCUGCCCUAGCUUGGGGGGAAAUCGAUCAUAUGGAGACGGUUGGGCGGGAUUUUGAUCUGAUAAUUGCAUCAGAUGUUGUGUAUCACAAUCAUUUGUAUGAUCCUUUAAUUCAAACGCUACGUUACUUGUUGAUUGGAUGUGAUGAAGGGAAGGAAAGGAAGCCGUUGAAGUUCGUGAUGGCGCAUUUAAAGAGGUGGAAGAAAGAGUCGUGUUUCUUUAAGAAGGCGAGGAAGCUGUUUGAUGUUGCGAUCAUACAUUCUGAUAGUCCAUUGGAUAGAUCUAGGAGAGGAGUUUCUUUCUACCAGUUCACUAGAAAGCAAGCUUGAGAAAUCGUUCAUCUUAUGUGGUAUGUAUUAAUUAGUUUGUACUGUUGUUAGUUUGUGUUGAAUCCAUUCAUACACCAUUUUGAAGUUAGUGUUUGUUUGUCUUGUAUAGUUUGAAAAGUCUAAAGAAGCAUUUCAUUUAAACC